AUGGGUCGAUUUGUUCCUCACGACAGCAAGAUUUCGCACUCAAGGGACAAUACUGGAUUGAGACAUUGCCUACUUUCUAACUUAUUGGCCGAUGACCUCGACGCGAGCUUCUUUGAAAGUCAUCUUCCUCUCUCCUCUGUUACGAAUGCUUCCCUAGAUAAGUUUGCCCUCGCUCACAAGCAAGAUGACUUUAUCAACUCCGUCUCAGCUCGAGUUUGCUGCCUCGACGACAUUAGUAUCCAAUACAAGACGCUUCACCGCCAACAAAGGCGCCUUGCCUUGUGUUUCAUCCAGCGCAAUGCCAAAUAUCUACAUGCCGUCUCCCACGCCCGCUGUGCUACCAGCCUUGUGCCCCAUAUCUCUCUAGCCAAAGUCUGCAUCGGCCCCAAGCUGUGCGAAACUGUAUCGCGCGCAGGGUCGCAGCCGAGCAUGAUGGAAAACUUGUUCGGCAAACAAGCCACCUGUGCGUUGUGCUACAAAUCACAAUCUCUGUUUGCGGAAACGAACAGGACUUUGGUUGAAACGAUGAACCGAUAUCGAGAGCUCAAGAGUUUGAAGAUGAAAACAGCCAAAUGA